ACCCGCCCGCGAGUAGACUCUCCAGUCGCUAGCCUCAAACCAACUCUCUCUACUGUAUCGAUGAAGUUGUUUCAAAGAUGGCGGAUUUCCUGCCGUCCCGGUCCGUUUUAUCUGUGUGUUUUCCAAACUGUCUGCUCACGAGUAACGAGGCAGAACAAUUAAGGAAAUCUAAAGAAAUAGACAAAGGUAUUUCGCGGGAUAAGCCGUACGUGAAACGGCUGGUGAAGAUUCUCCUACUCGGAGCGGGUGAAAGCGGCAAGUCCACUUUCCUGAAGCAGAUGCGCAUCAUCCAUGGUCAGGAUUUCGAUCAACGGGCCAAAGAAGAGUUCAAGGCCACGAUUUUUAGUAAUGUAAUUAAAGGGGUGCGUGUGUUGGUGGAUGCCAGAGAAAAGCUCCACAUCCCGUGGGGAGAGGCGUCCAACCAGAGGCACGGAGAGACCAUGAUGGCGUUUGACACGAGGUCGGCCAGGAUGGCCCACGGCAUGGUGGAGACCAAGGUCUUCCUGCAGUACCUGCCCUCCAUCCAGGCCCUGUGGGCCGACACGGGCAUCCAGGACGCCUACGACAGACGCAGGGAGUUCCAACUGGGGGAGUCUGUAAAGUAUUUCCUGGAUCAUUUGGAAAAGCUAGGACAGCCGGACUACCUACCGACUCAGCAGGAUAUUCUCCUGGCCCGUAAGCCCACUAAAGGUAUCCACGAGUACGACUUUGAGAUCAAGAACGUUCCAUUUAAGAUGGUGGACGUUGGGGGUCAAAGGUCGGAGAGACGGAGAUGGUUUGAGUGUUUUGACUCUGUCACCUCCAUCCUCUUCCUCGUCUCCUCUUCAGAGUAUGACCAGGUCUUGAUGGAGGACCGUCAAACCAACCGUCUCAGCGAAUCCCUCAACAUCUUCGAGACGAUCGUCAACAAUCGCGUUUUCUCCAACGUCUCCAUCAUCCUGUUCCUCAACAAGACGGACCUCCUGGAGGACAAGGUGCGCUCGGUCCCCAUCAAGGACUAUUUCCCAGAGUACCCCGGGGAGCCGCACAGCCUGGCCGACGUACAGAGGUUCCUAGUGGACUGUUUCCGGGGGAAGAGGAGGGACGUGACACAGAAGCCCCUGUACCACCACUUCACCACAGCCAUCAACACGGAGAACAUUCGACUGGUGUUCCGAGACGUCAAGGACACCAUCCUCCACGACAACCUAAAGCAGCUGAUGCUGCAGUGAUCGCAGGGGGGUUAUGACCUUUUUCAAGUCACCUUUUGGCCUUUAACCCCCAACCGUCCCCCCCGUGACUCCUCACCGUGACCCACUGACUUGCCAUGAUUGCAGGGUGAUGAACAGAGAGCAGAAGAGUUGUUGUGUUACACUGUGUCACUGCCUUUUAAGUCACCUUUUGGCCCUUGACCUUUAACCCCUGCGAGCCCUCACCUUGACCCCUGAUCUCCAGUCACCUCUGGUGCAGGCUGUCACCUAUGACCCUUGACCACUGAACCCUGUUACCACUUCUAAUGGCCUUGUACCUGGCAGUUCUACCCCCCCCCCCCUUCUAAACCACUGUAAAUGAGCUCUCCCAAUCCCUCCCCUCACACACCCCUCUCCUCUCUUUUAAUGGACUAUUCCAGAGUCUGUAGAUAUGUUGAUGUGUUCUGUAGGAUGAAGUUGCCCUCAGACUCUGAUCCUGGGUCAGUUUUUAAUUCCCCCCACUAAUGGUUAAUGACAGGAUAUGGGGAGGGGAAGCUGGUCCUAAAUCUGUUGUUCUAUAUUACUAUAUUCACUCUGUUGGUUCACUCUUAACUCUCCUGUCUCACUCUGUCACUUUGUAACCUGUCUGAGAAGCCCAGACCACUGCUGGAGGUUAGCGGUCAAGGGUGAAGGGGUCAACUGGCCUUUCUGUGUUGGAGGGAGGAGUCAAAGGUCGUCACCCACGGCAACCAGGGAAGCGGGAGUGGUAAACGCUGUAGAACAAAAUGAUGAUGAUGAUGAUGACUGUGUUUCACUGGCGUCAGCCUGUCGCUAUGCACCUCCACUCACACCUGCCCUGAACUGGCUUGAUUCUACACUUCCUUUUCCCUCAGAGCCUGAUUAUGACAUCACCGUGCCCCCCCCCCCGCCCCCAUUCUGACAGCCAAUCAGUGUCACUAUCUGGAUGUGGAACCAACUGCAGCGGAGAGCUUGUUACUUGUUGUUGUUGCUGAGGGGGAAGUUAAAGAGUGGGGGGACUUUACAACACUGUACUAAAACUAAUCCUUAAUGAUUCCACAAAUAAGCCUUUUACCACUGUCUGAUGAUUACCUAUCAAACAGAGCUAUACACACACACACACACACCCUGCCCAUAGAGACUCUUCUGACCUGAACCUGGUAUUACUGUUUGGAACUUUAGACUUUUUUCCCCACAUAGAUUUAUUAUGAAUAUAUGUACCUAAACAUUGUCUUUGUAAGUUAUAUUUGAAAGGUUUUACACAAGUUUGAUUUACACCUGCUGAUGGACACCUGCUACACCUGCUGAUGGACUGUUAAAGGAAGAGGGUGUGUGAACACACACGCUCAGACAGACUGGCCCGGACAGACUGGCCCGGACAGACUGGCCCGGACAGACUGGCCCGGACAGACUGGCCCGGACAGACUGGCCCGGACAGACUGGCCCGGACAGACUGGGUCGGACAGACUGGGUCGGACAGACUGGGCCGGACUGACCAGUUGAUAAACUACUGAGCUAAUUCUCAGGAUACAUUGUGGACCACUUAUUUGUGUAUUUAAAGCAAUGAUGUUCAUUUGCCUAAGUCCUAAAACACACACACAGACAGACGGACGGCUGUCCAUCAGAGGCUGGUAGUCUAAACAACUUGCCGGCCAGCUACAUCCCCUCUUCCAGUCCUUUAUUUCUCCCCUCUUUCUGUCCCUCUCUCUGUCUUAGUGUAAGCAAGUGAUCAGCCUUAUAAACCCUGUGGAGGCUCAUCCUAGCGGGAAGAGACUGAUCAGCCUUAUAAACCCUGUGGAGGCUCAUCCUAGAGGGAAGAGACUGUGAUCAGCCUUAUAAACCCUGCGGAGGCUCAUCCUAGAGGGAAGAGACAGUGAUCCGCCUUAUAAACCCUGUGGAGGCUCAUCCUAGAGGGAAGAGACUGAUCAGCCUUAUAAACCCUGUGGAGGCUCAUCCUAGAGGGAAGAGACUGUGAUCAGCCUUAUAAACCCUGUGGAGGCUCAUCCUAGAGGGAAGAGACUGAUCAGCCUUAUAAACCCUGUGGAGGCUCAUCCUAGAGGGAAGAGACUGUGAUCAGCCUUAUAAACCCUGUGGAGGCUCACCCUAGAGGGAAGAGACUGAUCAGCCUUAUAAACCCUUUGGAGGCUCAUCCUAGAGGGAAGAGACUGUGAUCAGCCUUAUAAACCCUGUGGAGGCUCAUCCUAGAGGGAAGAGACUGUGAUCAGCCUUAUAAACCCUGUGGAGGCUCAUCCUAGAGGGAAGAGACUGUGAUCAGCCUUAUAAACCCUGUGGAGGCUCAUCCUAGAGGGAAGAGACUGUGAUCAGCCUUAUAAACCCCGUGGAGGCUCAUCCUAGAGGGAAGAAACUAUGAUCAGCCUUAUAAACCCUGUGGAGGCUCAUCCUAGAGGGAAGAGACUGUGAUCAGCCUUAUAAACCCUGCGGAGGCUCAUCCUAGAGGGAAGAGACUGUGAUCAGCCUUAUAAACUCUGUGGAGGCUCAUCCUAGAGGGAAGAGACAGUGAUCAGCCAUAUAAACCCUGUGGAGGCUCAUCCUAGACAUACUCUUAUCACUCAGUCAGGGGAAAGUGAUGGGGAAACUGUGUCAAAUGAUUUGAUUUAAUUAUGAAUCUUUCUCUCUCUCUUAACUCCUCACCAACCAAUGUGUCUUUAUCUCUAGCAAACCCCCAUAGCAGGCCUUUUAAAUGAGUUGGACGUUGGGUUUCUACCAACUGAAGGGAAACCAGGAGAAUGAUACCGUUCACAUUGUUGUACCCGUUAUGCAGGGGGCGUCUGAAGUCACACCCUACUACUCUCUAUCUAGUGCACUGCUUUCAGCCCUGUGUGUCUUUGACAGGGCACUACAUAGGGCACUAUGUUAUUAUUAUUAAGGUAGUAGGGUGCGGUUUUGCACGUAGACUCCUAAAAUCUCUCUCGUUGUCUCUCUCUCUCUCUCUCUCUCUCUCUCUCUCUCUCUCUCUCUCUCUCUCUCUCUCUCUCUCUCUCUCGUUGUCUCUCUCUCUCUCUCUCGUUGUCUCUCUCUCUCGUUGUCUCCCAAGUGAGCGCUAUUCCCUAUAUAGUUUUGGAUGCAGUCUGAGUCUCGUUGGCCAAACAUGCUGCAUGUGUAGUUCAAGUCUCUCUCACAAACACUGUCAGCUCUGUCAGGGCUUCUGACUGAUCGCUCCAGGCCACCCCUUCCAUAGCUCCGAGUCAUCCCCAGCACAGAGCUCUUUGUCUGGGCUGAGACUGUGUCAGGCCCCCUUGGCUGAAGGCCACCAUUCCAUCCUCUAUACCAGUCGGAUGGACUGGUGUGACUGGGACCAGUGUCUCCUCCCCCCGCGCCACACACACACACCAGUAAGUCAGACCAAACUAGGGUCUGUGAUUUGCCUUUGUCUACCCUUCUCUCUGACCGGAUGGACUGGUGUGACUGGGACCAGUGUCUCCUCCCCCAGCGCCACACACACACACACCAGUAAGUCAGACCAGACUAGGGUCUGUGAUUUGCCUUUGUCGAUGCUGAACAAACAGGUUUUUGAACAACACAGAGGCAGACCACUUUCUCCCAGGGGAUGUAGAUAUCCACACAGGAUACGUUCCAACUAAGAUGCAACCGAAACUAAAAAUAGCCUUAUGGGCCACCGCCACCAUAGUUAAAGCGUUUAGCCUUGUGGGCCACCAUAGUUAAAGCGUUUAGCCUUGUGGGCCACCAUAGUUAAAGCGUUUAGCCUUAUGGGCCACCAUAGUUAAAGCGUUUAGCCUUAUGGGCCACCAUAGUUAAAGCGUUUAGCCUUGUGGGCCACCAUAGUUAAAGCGUUUAGCCUUAUGGGCCACCAUAGUUAAAGCGUUUAGCCUUGUGGGCCACCAUAGUUAAAGCGUUUAGCCGAAUGUGUGACCUCUGACCUGGGUUAAAUAAAGUAGCCAUCACUGUGCUUGCCCACCUUAGGAGCCCUGCUGUUUAUAGAGUAGCCAGGUCCUUUAAGAGUGUUGUCUGAUCUGGCCUGAUCAACAGUGUUCCACUGGACCCAACAUGUCCCAAAGUGAUCAUUCUAGAAUCAUGUGCAUUCUAGAACUGUCCAUUCUAGAACUGUUUCUAGCCAUUCUAUUUCUAUGGGUGUAGUCAGUCGGUGCUUUUUGCCAAAUGGCCUCCAGAGUGACUCAAUACCCAGUAGACAGGCAGACGGACAGACCUAUGUCCCCUACUGGUCUUAUUUAGUGAGGGAGAGCUCAAAUAGGAGUCCCCAAUGGCACCCUCUUCCCUAUAUAGUGCACUAAUGUUGACCAGGUCCCCAUAGGGUCUAAAGUAGUGCACUAUGUAGGGAAUAGGCUGUCAUUUGGAACACAGCCCAGACAGACGCAGGUCUUUGUCUGCUCCGGUCAGAGAGAAGGGUAGACAGUCUGCCAGUAGUAACACCGUGGUCAGUAUUCAGUCAGUGUGUGUGUAUCUGCUCCUUCAGGCCGUCUCUCUCUCUCUCUGUGCUGCUGCUGAUGCUGUGGUUUUAAACGUGUGCCAACGACUCCGUUCCAAUAUCAACGCUCGCCCACUCGUUCGAAUGCACUGCUUCCUUCAUGUUAGUGUGGAUGUUGGAAUGCAGCCCCAAGAGUCAGUCAGAACACAGUGUCAUUUCAAAAGCCCAGGCCCACUUUGACGAUGUCACAAAGCCAAAGCCUGUUUCAUUAGGAUUCUGCUACUGACAAAAACCUGCCUUCAGUGGCCUGGUCUGAGUUGUCAUUCAUUGUGUCAAAAAGAGUUGUAGAGAUUUCAAGCUGUUAACUGUGAUGUCAGAGCCCCGCCCUGCCCUGAGAACUGUCUGUUCCUCUAUCUACUACAACUCCUUCUUCCUGCUCUCUCUCUCUGUCUCUCUGUCUGUCAUCAUGACAUCACUGAGGGUUCCGACACAUCUAGAAUGAAACGUCAUUCUAGUUCUAUUGAUUCUAUGGAAUGUGGAGGAAGGUUUGGGGCCAGGUCCAUUAUAUCAAGGUGAAGGUGCAAUCUGGCGUUCUGGACCUGAGGUGGGAAGGACCUGAGGUGUGUGUGUGUGUGUGUAAGGUGAUGGUGUUUUAAAGCUAUGCAACAGCACUGUGCUCCAGUCCACACAGCAAAAAUACUUAAAUGAACCACUUCUCUGUAUGUUAUGAGAAUAAUCACGAUGAUGUGUUACUGCUCUGCCCCAUGUAAUCAGUUUCUUUAUUAGCCAAGAGUAAAAUAUGCAAAUGAUCUGCCAAAAAUAUGACUGAUAUUGUUGUGCCUCCUGUUACCCGACUUCGCCUUUUCCCCCUAAUCAAGGUUUUAUACUUGCAGUGUUUGCCUUAGCGGUGUUUUUAUGUCCUCAUUUCAAGAUGAAGGUUUGCAUUCCAAAUGGCACCCUAUUCCCUACAUGACGACCUAUUGGCUCUGGUCUAAAGUAGUAUAAGUAAACAGGGACACGGGGGUGUCAUUUGGGACAGUAUCAACGGUUACAAAACUGUGUUUCUCUGGCUUAUUGUAGUUCAGAUGUUUUUUAUAUUGUUUAUGACGAAAUGCUUUCAUUGUACAGUCUCUAACUUAUACUGUCUUCUUACUGUUCUCCCAAUAAAACCACAAACCAUUUUACAAACUGUGA